CACCUGGAAGACGCCCCAGCUGGGCCGCAAGCCGAGGGGUGCGCCGCGCAGCCGCAGGAAGUCCGUCUCGCUUCCAAGAAUCAGAUCCGCAGUUAAAGGCAAGGUUUGUCCUGAGGACCAACGUCCCAAACGAGGAGAAAGAGUGCACCAUGCACACCACCAUCACACCCGCAGCAGCGAAGGCAGGCUGGACCCUCUGCAGCCAGCCAUAUCCAAAAUGGACUCGUGCCACAUCUCCGAAGAGCAUGGCUCUUGGGUCGCCGGCGCGGACGAUGGAGAUACGGAGAGCGACAAGCGCUCGCAGGUGGCCUUACGUCUGCGUCUACCUAGACAGGGCAAGUCACGCUCUAAGAGCAACACGACGCAGGCCUUGCUGCAGAACAGCACUGGGAACAACAUCUCCGCGCACGACACUGAAACAGACGGCUAUUUCUCUGACGCGGAACAGAGUGACAGUGAAUUGCGCUCUUUCAGCCGGAAGCUGCGCUUGCCCCAACUGCAUGCUGGGAAGGAGGAGGUAGUGCGGAGAAGUGUGCUUGCCUCCUAAAUCCAUUUUUGGAUGCAGCGGUGUUGCUGUAGGAGACGCAGUCUCUCUCCCGUUUCUAGACCUUCAGAUGUAAAGGCGCGUGUUCUUUUCUCGCUUUAUGUGUCAGAGUAUGGUAGUCCGUCGCCUACAUUUAUGCAACCAUAACCAUUUGUGCUUGACAAACAAGAAAAAACGAAAAAGUCUAAAUGAGCACUGUCGGAGGUGUCGUCUUGGGAAGCAAUAGGCUCUGUCCUGGAACAGGGACGAUGACGUGGGCAUUAUGACGUCUGUUCAGGUUGUUUGUUUUAUAUGAAUACGUCUGUCGUGUGUCUCCAGAGGAUGCGGCUACUAUAAAAUGAUGUACAGAGAAAAUAUGACACAAAUAAGCACAAAUAGCCGUCGGGGAAUGUAGCACACAUGUACCUGUCGUAUCCACCGCCUCAUUCGCUUUUACGGAGACUAGACGUACCAGAAUCACACGGGCACUUGAGCGUAAUUCUUACGUGCCAGAUCAGCUUGCAUCAUGGGUGAAUCUCACGAACAUGAAGCCUGUUUUAAGAGCCGUGUGAUAAUUGAGCACAUUUUUGACAUUUGGUCAAUCCAUCUCGAGUGGUCCCGAAGUUGAGUGAUUGCCUCUGUCUAUUGGUAUCGCAAGACACCAGUUUUGUACUUUUUAUUUUACUUCGUUUAAUCACUGUGGUCAUGUUUGUGCGUGUCAUGGCGCACAAAAAAUUUUGGGUCGUUUAUGGAAACCUCAGUAUCUUGAAAAAUCACAAGACUGGUCUCUUUACAUUCAGAGCAGCAUGACGAGUCAUAUCGUACCCAAUAUUCCAUGUCGGCAAUUUUGGGCAUCUGCCAUUUCGAAUUUUGACAAAAAAAAUU